CACCGGAAGUAUUAAGGUUUUACGAGGGAUACAGGGAGUUGUGUCCAUUGUCAACAAAAAUUCGGUGCACUAUAACUAGAUACUGUCUAGAGAUACCUUGUGUUUUAUUACGUUAUUACGUGUUUGUUCAUCUAAAACAAUUUCUGUUGAAUAGGCAUUGAAAAAGGCACUGUUGAUAAAAAUGAACGUGGUUUUAGCUGUCAAGCAGUACGUCUCCAAAAUGAUAGAAAGCAGUGGAACGGGGAUGAAGGUUUUGCUCAUGGAUAAAGAGACGACCAGCAUCGUGAGUAUGGUCUACACACAGUCCGAGAUCUUGCAAAAAGAGGUCUACCUGUUUGAACGCAUUGACUCGCAGAACCGAGAGAGCAUGAAACAUCUGAAGGCCAUCUGCUACCUGCGACCCACUAAGGAGAAUGUGGAGAAUCUUAUCCAGGAGCUGCGUCGGCCGAAGUACAGCGUCUACUUCAUCUAUUUCAGUAACGUCAUUAGUAAGAGUGAAGUGAAGGCCUUGGCAGAGGCAGAUGAACAGGAGGUCGUUGCAGAGGUUCAGGAGUUCUAUGGAGAUUUUAUCGCUGUGAAUCCUCAUCUUUUCUCCCUCAACCUACAUGGAGUAUCCAGGGGUCGCAGCUGGGAGCCUAUUACUCUUCCACGUGUCACUCAAGGCCUGACCUCUGUGCUGCUGGCCUUGAAGAAAUGUCCCAUGAUCCGCUACCAGCUCUCUUCUGACAUGGCCAAGAGACUGGCUGAGAGUGUUAAGCAAAUCAUCACCAAGGAGUAUGAGCUUUUUGACUUCAGAAAAACAGAAGUAUCUCCUCUCCUCCUAAUUCUGGACAGAAGUGACGAUGCCAUCACACCCCUCCUUAACCAGUGGACAUAUCAGGCUAUGGUCCAUGAGUUACUUGCCCUCAAUAACAAUAGAAUAGACCUGUCCCGUGUGCCCGGCAUCAAUAAAGACCUGAAGGAGGUGGUGCUGUCUGCAGAGAAUGAUGAGUUUUAUGCCAAUAAUCUGUAUUUAAAUUUUGGUGAGAUUGGAACAAAUAUUAAGAAUUUAAUGGAGGACUUCCAGAAGAAAAAGCCAAAGGGGCAGCAGAAACUGGAGUCCAUUGCUGACAUGAAGGCAUUCGUGGACAACUACCCACAGUUUAAGAAGAUGUCAGGCACAGUGUCCAAGCAUGUGACGGUGGUGGGCGAGCUCUCACGUCUGGUCAGUGAGAGGCUGCUGAUGGAGGUGUCUGAGGUAGAACAAGAACUGGCCUGCCAAAAUGACCAUUCCAGCGCCCAGCAGAACGUCCGGCGGUUGCUGCAGAAUCCACGUGUGGCAGAGCUGGACGCGGUGCGACUGGUGAUGCUCUACGCCCUGCGCUAUGAAAGACACAGCAGCAACAUCCUGCCCAGCCUUCUGGAGGAGCUCAACAGAAGAGGCGUGUCUGAGAGGUACCGCAAGAUGGUACAGUCUGUGAUUGAAUAUGGAGGCAAGCGAAUCAGAGGAAGUGAUCUCAUUACCCCCACAGAUGCUGUGGCCAUCACAAAGCAGUUUUUCAAAGGACUCAAGGGUGUUGAGAACGUCUACACCCAGCACCAACCCUUGCUGCAUGACACACUGGAUCAACUGAUUAAAGGCCGUUUGAAGGACAGCCAGUUCCCAUACCUUGGGCCAAACUCUCUGCGGGACAGGCCACAGGACAUUAUUGUGUUCAUCAUCGGAGGGGCAACAUAUGAGGAAGCACUUACUGUUUACAACCUGAACCGCACUAUGCCAGGGGUGCGCAUUGUGCUUGGGGGAACAACAAUUCACAACACCAAGAGCUUCCUGGAGGAGGUGACAUCAUCAGUUGGUUUGGGGCAUGGUGGAGACAGGACACAUGGAGCCGGUCGUCCGCCAACCAGACGCUGAGCACUCAUUCAUGUCUCUUUCCGCUGCAUGGACAGAGUGCUGCAUGUGCUCUGAGCCCAAAGCUGUCUUCAUGCUUCUCUAGCUCCUACUGCAGACAUUUCUGUCCAGUGCUGAAUAUGAGAUACUAUACUAUAAGUAAAAAAAAUCCAUGAUAUUGCAUAGGUGUCUAUGAUGUUCCAAACUAUGUGAAACUAAGAAAAGUUACAUGUGAUCGACCUUAUAUAAUCCAAAUUAAGUUGGACAUUAUGAUAUUCCCAAAGAAUGUUGACAGCACUACAUCAACGCGACGACCACACCCACCUCCCAAAAGUAACUGCAUAGAAAGAGAAUUAUUCCUAUAUAAUAUUUGUGCUCUGCUCUGUGUGAAUAAUGUAGAUGUCCUCAUUGUUCCUGUGAAAGCUAAAAUCAGAGUCGUGUAGUCUCAAAAUGAUCUGUUAUUUGGCAGACUGCAGAUAACACUUAAGUGACAAACAAGUGGCCUUUCUUCAAGUUGGCAGUGGUUUCAUUUUAUGUUAGUGUAUCUAAUGCAAGUGUGUAAGGGUAAAGAAAUAUUAAUUAUUCCUUCUGCAUCAGUGCUGAAUUAUACCUGCAAAUAUGUCUUUAAAAAGACAACCAUAUGAAAUUUAUACAUGUUUGUGGUUUAUUGGGCAUUUCAUUUGUUACUGAUUUAAUGUAGUGUUGAUACACAGUUACUGACAGUAAUUGUAAUUUCAUCACUCCUAAAAUGAUAGAUGAUUGGUUCAUCCGCCAGCACUAAUAGUUAGUGCUUAUAUCAUUAAAAGAAAUAAUUUGACUUCUAUAUGACAAAUGUUUAACUUUCUUUUUUCUUUCUUUUUCUGUUAGUUAAUCAUUUGUGAUGGACAGGACCUUUUUGGGAAAAUGCAGAUAUGUCCUGAAUGGACACUUGAAUUUACACCUAAUAUAAUAUGUGACCACAGCUGCAGUAAGAUCAAUACAGACCACUGGUUUGGUGUGACUGUGUAUGCCCUUGUAUCCCACCUUUUCUAUGUCCUUAUAAUUCAUCUUUGGCAAUUGUACAGUGUGAUAUACUGAAGAAACUAAAUAUUUUAUGACUAAGCCUAAUAAACAAAAAGAAAGCCUUGGUUAGGUAAGUAAUCAUCACUAUGUUCUAAAAUUAAACUGAAAAAAAAUCUA